GGGCAUGCAACAGCACCCGCUGAUGGACGACCUGUGCUACUACAACCGCUAUAUCCACGAGCCCCUGGACCUGCGGCCCGGCCCGCCGUGCGGGGGCGAGCAGAUGGAGCCGCAGUGGAUGCUGGAUCGAAAAUGGGACAUGAAUGUUCAGCAGCGCCACCCGCUCACCCCCCUGGGCAACGGCGUCAAAGGCGCCACCGACCCGCAGGCCGCCUGCCAGAUGAGCCUGCCCACACUGUCGCAACCUGCAGGCGUGUACUGCAUCUCAGACGAUGAGCUCGUCUCCCUCUCGGUGCGGGAGCUCAACCGCAAACUUCACCACAUGCCGAAAGAGCAACAGACGAAGUUCAAGCAGAGACGGCGGACGCUAAAGAAUCGCGGUUACGCCCAAAGCUGUCGCACUAAACGCCAGAACUACAAGGUGGACUUGGAGAACAAACUAAAAAAUGCCGAGAGUGACAUCUACCACUACAGUCAGCUGGCCAACAAGUACAAGUCAUCCAGCGACUCGCUUAGACAUGAAAAUGAGAUGUUAAGGAAGAACCUGGAAAGCGUAAGGGCGGAACUGAACUCAUAUCGGCAGCAGCUGCACCAGCAACAGCAGCAGCAGCAGCAGCAGCAGCAGCAACAGCAGCAGAAAUCAUCAUCACAGCAGCAGCCGACACAGCAGACGCAAGACGCGCCACCAAGCAGCCAGGAGCUCUACUCCAUGUGACCUUGUUACCCGGGCCAGCAGCAGCAGCAGCAGCAGCAGCAGCAGCAGCAAAAACAGCAGAAGCAGCAGAAGCAGCCGAAGCAGGGUGACGGUCGCCUGCACGGGGAAGGAAGGCCCUGGCUCGUUGGCCGAGGCGCUUCCCUGUAACAAGCCAGAGGUUGCCUCCACUUGGUCGGCUGUGAUUUCUUCCUUGGACAAGUGGCACGGACAUUGGAGCGCCUACCCGCCCCCACCCAGCCCCUCCCCCUCACCCUGGCGACAAUCAUCGGGGCUGUGUGCGGAGAGCGGCGGGUGCCUCCAAGGUCACCUGCUGCCUCAGGGCUCGGCGUCGUGACCCUGGAGCCCUGGCACCCUCGCGGACGACUCAUCUGCUGCGGGUGACUGAGGGUAAGCACUGCGAUGUACAGAUGUGAAAAAGAGAUAUGCAAACAUUAGUCAUGUUUAACUUGCUUUCCUUUUUUGUUUACCUUUGCCUUGUGUUCAAAACCUGCAGCUCCAUUACGAAUGUUAGCACUAUUCUUUGAGUAACUCUCUGUCUUACGAUUAACUGCAGGUGCGGGCUGAGCGAGAGGCGCUGGACUCUGGCCGCCCCUCGCUCGCCUGACGCCCUCACCGCCUCUCGGUGCGUCGCCGCUGCCCUCUCCAUUAGUGAUAACCUUUGAACUCUUGUAUACAAGCACAAAGACAAUUAUUGGCGUGUAGAGGGUGGAGCGACGCACUGAGGGGCACAUUACUGGAAUAUUUGCAAGUAACCACCAUGUAGUGGGCAGGUGUCUCCUCCACGUGAGCGCCACUGUUUCCUGGAAGCAGGAGAGCAAGGUUCAAGGGCUGACGAGGAAGAUAAGGGAGGGAAGGAAAACAGGUAAUUCUUUCCGUGCACAACACAUGGAGGAGAUAACUGCCCGCAUCGCUGACAGGAGCUCAUUCCACUUCGCAAUACUGUGUUGACGCGUCAACGCACCCCUCCGCUCGUCCCGCGACAAGCGAAGCGCAGGUCCGUCACGCCCUCCUGAGCGGCCGCCGGCAGCAGUCCGCCUGUCGUUAAGCAUCACCAGGUUACUAGGCACUAAAUGAGGAGCAAAGCGGGCACAUGUUAUCAGUUUCUGCAGCAGCCACGGGAAUCACAAUAACGUUAUUACUAAGACGGCCACAACCGCCUAUCACCCGUGCCCAAAGCGAGUGUUUAUCAGUUUCUAGCACAGCCACACCCCUAAUCACCCUCUGCCUAAAGCGAGCACCCUUAUCAGCGUCUGCGGCGGCCAAGGCACCACAAUAAUAACUAUUACUGACAUGCAGCCAUGCCCUCCUAUCAUCUCCUUACCCAAGCGAGCAUCUCUUAUCAGUUUCUGCAGCGACCACGGCGUCUCAACAGUAACUUAACCGCCUGUCUUCUCUGCUCAAAGCAAGUGUCUCCUUAUCAGUUUCUGCAGUAGCCACAGCUUCACAAUAACUUUUACCACUAACUCAACCAUGCCCUCUCAUCACUCCUACCCAAAAAAAGCAAGUGUCUCCUUAUCAGUUCCUCCAACAGCCAAAGCAUCACAAUAAUAACUUUUACUACUAACAUGACCAUACCCGCAUCAUCACCCCUUACCAAAGCACGUGUCUCAUCAUUUCUUGUUGCGGCCUCGGAAGAUACAACUUUUACUAAACACACAACUAUGCUCGCCUAUCUUUCCUACCCAAAGCAAGUAUCUCCUUAUCAUUUUGUCCAGCAACAAAGACAUCACAACAAUAAUUUUUGACAAUAACACAAUCAUAUCCGCUUAUCACCCUUACGCAAAGCAUCACGUUAUCAGUUUCUCCAGCAGCCAAGGCAUCGCAACACUGACUUCUAUAGUUAAUCAAACCCGCUUACCAUUCUCACCCAAAGCAAGUGUCUCCUAAUUUUCAAAGCUAACAACUAUGCAACCAUAUCCGCCCAUCAUAUAUAUACCCAUACAUUAAAAAGAAAAAAAAAGAGAAAAAAUAGGGUGUUCAGGUCUCUCUCUCUCUCUCUCUCUCUCUCUCUCUCUCUCUCUCUCUCUCUCUCUCUCUCUCUCUCUCUCUCUCUCUCUCUCUCAAAAUACUAAAAAAGCGUAAGAAGAAGCGAUUACUGCAUUUUUUCUUCAUUUCUUGCUCCUCCUUGUGCAUUCACCAUCCCCUCUCUCUCUCUCUCUCUCUCUCUCUCUCUCUCUCUCUCUCUCUCUCUCUCUCUCUCUCUCUCUCUCUCUCUCUCUCUCUCUCUCUCAGGAACAAUGCAAUUACAAUUUACACUUCGGCAGAUCAACUACGCGUACAAUAUUUGUCAACUAAUUUGCAUAUAUUUGAAGGGGAGACGGAGGGCGAGCAUACUGAGAGGGGCGGGAGCGGAGAGAGAGGGAGAGGGAGAGGGAGACAGGGUGGGAGGGAGGGAGAGAGGGAGAGGUGGAAGCGUUAAACAGCAGAGGAUGAUGUGGGGAACUGGUAAGAAUAUAGCUGAGUAGAAGAGAAAAAAAGGAAGAAGGGUAGGUGUGUGUGUGUGUGUGUGUGUGUGUGUGUGUGUGUGUGUGUGUGUGUGUGUGUGUGUGUGUGUGUGUGUGUGUGUGUGUGUGUGUGUGUGUGGCGGCAUAACACAGCUCAAGGGUUCUGAAAUACUUAGGAUCGUGGUGACGCCAGCAAAAAUAACAGCGAAAAUAACAUUAAUAACAGUGACGAUAACAAUGACAAUAACAACAACAACAACAACAACAAAAAAAAAAAAAAAACGCUACAGGAGCAAAACUUUUAACAGAAAGAAAACCUGAAUAUUCCCCACGACCAAAAACUAUUAUUAUUAUUAUUAUUAUUAUUAUUAUUAUUAUUAUUAUUAUUAUUAUUAUUACUAUUCAGCACUUGAUCAAUAACACAUUUCACGUACCCUUCCCUAACACACAUACACACACACACACACACACACACACACACACACACACACACACACACACACACACACACACACACACUACACAAAAAAUAAAUAAAUAAAUAAGUAAAUAAAUAAAUUCAAGGAUCACGUCAAGCAAAGCGAGAAGCAAGUACAGAAGAAGACGAGGUGAGGCGAGGUGAGGGUCGUUGUGUCACCGCCGCCAGGAAGCCCCACAGGGAAGCCUUAGCAGGGAGGCUGACGUCACGAGUUUGACCUCCUUGGUGUUCAGGGACAAGCGUGACUUAACACCGCCGCGGCAGGAAGAGGUCACCGCUCCCUGCUCCGUGCGGCCCCACCAGGCAGGCGUGGAUGAGGGAAAGGAUAAAGGGGAUACAAGUAAAUUAUUCAUGGUCAGUUGGUUGAUAUGCCGCUUUCACUUCCAAUGUUUAGAGAGUUUUAAAUAAAGUUUUACUCGUAGACAGAUUGGGGGUUUAAGACUGACAGAACACGAACUAGCGGUCUUGAACUGCCAGGAUUUGUGAAUAGAUUGUCAGGGGAAGAGAGCGCUUAAGUCCGACAGAACCCAAAGUACUUAGCGCUUUUUAAUUAUCAAGAGAUCAGAAGACUUAUGAGUGACGGAAUACAUAGCGGUAGAAGUGAGAUCUAUUUAUAUAAGAGGUGGUCUAGCCAAGGGAUACAAUAAUGCAGAAAAAAGUCCCAUUGAAGGUGAGAGUCCCCAAAGAGUAGAGCCAAAAAGGAUUACCCAAAAUUAUAAAGUGUUUUGAAUGUGGUCUUCUCCUCGAUUUCAGACGGUGAUUAAGUGAACCUCGUAAAACUUGAAGCGAGAACUGAAGAACGAAAAAGAAAGCGAUAAUGGAGUGCUGAGCCUGAGCCUUAAUUACCGCUAAGAAAGGUGUAAUGAUGUACAGGUGUGCUUGACUUAUCUUGGCUUCUUUCCCUUCCCUUUCUUUUUUUCCCAUUGCUGUUCCUUUGACUCUUUCUUUCCCUUCCUUUCUCUUUCUCUUAUUUUUCUUUUUUUUUUUGCUUCUUUCCCUUCCUUUCCUUUACCUGUUCCUUUGCUUCCUUUUCCCUCCUUCCUUCCUUUCCUUUCCUGUUCUUUUUCAUCCUUCUCUCCCUUUCAUUUCCUUUCCUUGUUUUCUUCAUUUUUUCUCAUCCUUUCCCCUUCUUAUCAGCACUGUACCGGCGUGUGUGUGGGUGUAUGUAUGUAUGCAUGUGUGUGUUGACGCGAGGGGAGAGGGGGGCGGGAAGGAUAUGAAAAAAGGUUGGGGAAAAGAAAGUGCCCAGGAGUAGUAAAACAAAUUUGCACGUUUAAUGGAAGAAAAAUAAUGAGACAAAAUAUCACGAAGACCAAGUAACAUCACGCUGCAACCACGCUUGCUUUGACAGCGGUGGUGGGACUGGUUCUGCUAAUCCGGUAACUCACUUUUUUUUCCAAGUUCAUCAGUUUAGCAUUUUUUCAGUAGUAGCAAUGUGCCAGUAUUUUUUUUUCUUUUCUUUUCUUUCGAGUUGCAACAGUCUAGCGGUUAUCCAAGGAGUAGAAAUCCGGUAAUUCAUUUUUUUUCGAGGUUCAUCAGUUUAGCAUUUUUUUUUAGUAGUAGCAAUGUGCCAGUAUUUUUUUUUCUUUUCUUUCUUUCGAGUCGUAACAGUGUAGCGGUUAUCCAAGAGGGAGUAAAAAUCUAAGAACAGCAAAAUAAGAGAAGCUGCAUGAAGCCAUCAGACCUACACGUGGCAAUCCCUGUAUAAAAACCUAUUUACACUCAUCAUCCCCAUUCAUAAGAUUACCUAAUCUUUUAAAGCUCCCUAAUGACUCGGCACUACCAACAUGCUUACCGAAUCAAUUCUAUUUAUCUCCUAUGCUAUUUGAAAACCAAUUCCUUUUUAACUCCUUUUUAAACGCAACUUAAAACUUGCACUUGUUACUUCCAGCAAAUGUAGCGGAGACGGGAGAGAGAUUAACGUGUAGAUGAGAACAUACACUUGGCAGUCCCUAUAUGAAACACUAAUUUCCACAUAAGUGUAGCGGACAGGACGAGAGUAGUUGAGGCGAAAGGGAUGGGAAGAAAGACGCGUGCAGCAUGUGGAAGGGAUACAAGAUAAGGGAGGAGGCAAAAGUGUAGUGGACAGAGCAAGAAGUGGAGGAGAAGGGUGAAGGGAGACGCAGGAAUCAUGUGGAAGAGAUACAAGAUAAGGAAGGAGGGAAAAGUGUAGUGGAAAGGCCUAGUAGUGGAGGAGAAAGGGAUGAAAGGAGACGCGGGAAGCAUGUGGAAGGGGUACAAGACAAAAGAGAAGGGAGGAGGGUGAGGGAAGCGUGCAGGAGAAGCAAUGAGUUAAUAGGAUGAGUGUGGCUCGUGGAGGGAAGCCACAUUGUAACCAGGGACCAGCAGAGAGUGGAGCUGAACUCGACACUACCGGACCAGAUUAGCACUCUGAAACAUGCAGUCUCUCUCUUUCUCUCUCUCUCUCUCUCUCUCUCUCUCUCUCUCUCUCUCUCUCUCUCUCUCUCUCUCUCUCUCUCUCUCUCUCUCUCUCACGAAUGCACGAGCUGGGGUGAGGAGAGGGAGGGGAGGGAGGAUAGUGCGUAAGAGAAAGCAUUGGUCAGCAUUGGCAUCCGUUCCUGGCACCCCAAUGAAUCUUUGGCACUAGAGAGAGAGAGAGAGAGAGAGAGAGAGAGAGAGAGAGAGAGAGAGAGAGAGAGAGAGAAGACUUCAACCUCCUGUCUUAGUCCAUUCUGCCUCACCUUUCAAGCCACACCUGUCCUAAGCUCUGUCUCCGAACACUGCCAAGAGAGCCUCACUCAGGUGAACGCCACGUCAGUUUGUUGGGAGUCAGUGAAUGGCGCUGUUUAAAUCCCACGGCGCUUUAAAACUUUACAUGUACAAAGACGGUUUCUCUCUCUCUCUCUCUCUCUCUCUCUCUCUCUCUCUCUCUCUCUCUCUCUCUCUCUCUCUCUCUCUCUCUCUCUCGUUAAAAUUCAAGUUCGUUCGUUAACAAUAUAGCAAAUAUAGAAAAUGAAAAACACGCACUUACUACUACUACUACUACUACUACUACUACUACUACUACUACUACCACUACUAUUACAACCACUAUUAAUACGACUAGUUAGACACAAAACAUGAAUUACUACUUAAUCUAACCACGUGCCCUCAGAACUCUCAGGUAACGUACUACUAUUACCACUACUACUAUUACCACUACUAUUACCUACUACUACUACUACUACUACUACUACUACUACUAUCACCACCAUUACCAUUACCAGCUAGAACCUAACCUAACUUAACCUGACCUACCCUAACCUCACAAAUCCAAGCUGACGAACUUCACCAAGGCUUCUUUGUAAAUAACUCUUACUCGUAAGCCUUUGUCUCAAUACUGCGUAGUAACAAACAAACACUGCUAUUCUGCCACUCAUCGCCCCGCCCGCUACUCUUAUCACGAGGAGAGCUUCAGUUAAUCAACGGUGAUUUUUUUUUUAUGGCAAUCGCAGGCAAUGUGAACGUAUCGGGAAAACACACGGGGGGGUCCACUUAAUCGACAAAGCAGAAACUGUAAUACAUGUGCUGAGGCGAAGGACGGCUGAAAGGAUGGAGAGUGUGAGGGAGUUGGAAAGGGGGUGGAUGGUGGAGGAGGAGGAUAUGAAGACUAAAGUGAGAAUAAAGAAGGAGAGGAUAAAGAAGAAGAAAAAGAAGAAGGAAGAGAAGAAGAAGAAGAACAAGAACAAGAAGAUCAAGAAGAAGAAGGAUGGAAGAAAGAAAGAAAAAGAAAAGAAAGAAAGAAAGAAAGGAGGACAAAAAGGAAGAUGCAGAUGAGAGGAGACAAGAAAAAAAAAACAAUGCAGUGUACAAUUUUCAAAAAAGUGAGAAAGGAGAAUUAAAGGAAUACAUUUUAACAACAACCAGCCAGUGUAAUAUUUGGAAGUGGCUGAAGAACAUUAAAAAAAAAAUCUGAGUGGUGAGUUAUCAAUGUUAAGAAAUUAUGAAAGCAGAAGAACGACUACUGAGAAAAACUGCUUACAAACAAUGACACACAUAAAGGAGAUAAAGGGAGACAAGGAUACGAGAUACUGAAGACAGCAGGGGGGCACGUGAUUCAUUGAGACAUGGCGUUCCUUUACCCUUUCACUGCGACACGAGACAAGAGCACCACCAGAAGCAAUGCGUGAAGUUUUUAUAAGCAUCUACAAGAAAGUUAUGGGUGAAAAAAAGAAUACAUUUUGCAAUUUGUUCCUAGUUCAAAGACUGGAUGUGGCUGGAGAACAAGUAAAGGUGUCUCAGUGACAGGUAAUUAGGGAGAGGUGUAUCAGGUGACAGUCAGAAGGUAAAGGACACGGCAUAUCAGUAGGGUUAAGUUUCAAGACAAUUAUCAUUUCUUAUUUAUUUAUUUAUUUAUUUUUUGUUUCUGAUCUCUGGGUAGGGUCUGCCGCCUCAGUGGACCUUUUCUUUUCUUCUAAAUUACAUAAAAAAAGUUAAGUUGCUCCACCCCGGAAAAAAAAAAGUUAACAGCAAUAUAAUGAAAAGAACAUGAAAAGGACGAGGUGUUCCAAAAGCCUGCAAGUGUCAAUACGUGAAUUAAAGGCGGGCAGGAGGAGGAGUAGCCCGGGACACCUUGGCAUAACAGCUGCGAUGAUUCAGGCACACACGGAGAGAAUGGAAGUGAUGCGCUCAGCAGGUACACACACCCCACGCCACACACCACCCCGCACUGCCCACCUGCGCUGCCUCCGCCUCCCUUUCUCCCUGCCUCCCUGCAUCCCCCCUCCCCGCCCACGCCUCCAUGCGCCUCACACCUGCAGCAGAGGAGAAGGAGGAGCAGAAUACGAAGGAAUACAAGGGAAAGCCAAACAGCAACAGACCUUUUGGUCCUUGCAAGGCUGUUUGGUAACUACUUCUAACUAGCUACAGGGAAGAGAGACAGGACAGCACAGCAGAAGGAGGAGGAGGAGGAGGACAGCAACAACAAGAGACACUGACUAAGGCAAUGAAGAACAAGAACAAAAACAAGAAGAAUAAGAACAAGAACAGCACGGACAACAAGAACAAGAACAAAGAAAACUCUCAUAAUCAGAACUAUCACAACCACCACAAAAAAAAGAGGAGGAGGAGGAGGGCAGAACAACAACAACAACAACAACAACAACAACAACAACAACAAGAUGAUAAUAAACACUUAGAAAUACAACGUACGUAGAUAUAAAUGAAAGAGAUGUAAUAAUCAGAACGCGAAUACAAACAAAAGGUAACGAAGGAAGAGAGAGAGAGAGAGAGAGAGAGAGAGAGAGAGAGAGAGAGAGAGAGAGAGAGAGAGAGAGAGAGAGAGAGAGAGAGAGAGAGAGAGAGAGAGAGAGAGAGAGAGAGAGAGAGAGAGAGAGAGAGAGAGAGAGAGAGAGAGAGAGAGAGAGAGAGAGAGAGAGAGAGAGAGAGAGAGAGAGAGAGAGAGAGAGAGAGAAAGGAAGAAUACCAAUGACAAUAUUACAAAUUUAAGGGAGUGAAUGGGAGUCUUAGCGUCAAUUUAUUUAAUUUCCCUUAUAGAAAUAGUGAGGAAAAGGAAGAUAGAUUGGAGGAGAGAAAAUACACCUAUACCACCUCUCUCUCUCUCUCUCUCUCUCUCUCUCUCUCUCUCUCUCUCUCUCUCUCUCUCUCUCUCUCUCUCUCUCUCUCUCUCUCUCUCUCUCUCUCUCUCUCUCUCUCUCUCUCUCUCUCACAUAGACAGUCUCUUUUCUUCUCUUCCUUCCUCCUUCCCUCCUUCCCUCAAACCUCUUCGUUCUCCACCCUCGUUUAUUCCCUCCCUUCCUCCCUCCCUCUCCCUCUCCCUCCUUUCAACUCUUAAAAUAAAAAUCGAUAUCCUGCGAUGAAUGUGACCCACAAAUACACUGCAAUCGCUCACGUAAGACUCAAAUCCACACUUUUGGUAUAUUUUCUCCUCAAUAACGACAUCUGCUGGGAUUAUAAUGGCUGUGUCCUCUAAGGCACUUGUGGGAAAGAUGAGACAGUGAUUCUGUAUGAUAUUUCCUGUUUAUUUCUAUUUGGUUUUCUUGUUAUGAGUAUAGUUCUCUCUCUCUCUCUCUCUCUCUCUCUCUCUCUCUCUCUCUCUCUCUCUCUCUCUCUCUCUCUCUCUCUCUCUCUGUUUUUUUUCAUCUCUGUUUUUUUCUGCCUGUCUGUCUGUUUUCUGUCUUUCUAUUUCUGCCUGUCUACCUGUCUCUAUUUUUCUUUUCUCUCUCUUUUCUGUCUGCCUGUCUGUUUGUCUGUCUCGGCUUAAGAAAGGGCGUUUAAACUCCAUUCAUAAAGAUAGUGCUCUCUCUCUCUCUCUCUCUCUCUCUCUCUCUCUCUCUCUCUCUCUCUCUCUCUCUCUCUCUCUCUCUCUCUC